UAUAUAUACACACACAUACAUACUUUGUUUGUAUUUAUUAUAUAUAUAUAUAUUUGGCGUAGAACAUUACCUCUUAUCUCUGCAACGUGGUACGACAAUGAUACAUUAUUCAUCGCCCUUCGAAGACAAAGGCACAAAAUGGACGACGAGUUUCGAUCGGCCGUGUCGAUACGGAACAUCUGCCCUUUAUUUCCUGCCACCGGACCCGCGUUUCUUCCUCAAACUCGGCGAUCGAACAAUGAGCGAAUAAUCGAUCCGGUUAUGUGUGCGUUCAACUCUCGUCCUGAAAACAAACAUCUCUUUGAAUUCACUUUCCAGAGUUAUCGCCUAACUGCAGUGGUUAAGAAAUUCGCGCGCUGAAUUUUAUCUGCCCUAUCUUAUUCGCAUACCUCACCUGCUUUACCUUUUUGACCAGAGAUGAACGAAUACGCGAUGACGAAGCGACAGUUUUAUUCUUUUCGAGCGUCGAGCUUUCGAUGUAUCGACUCUGCGUGAAAUUAAUAACGAAUUAUUAAUUAAAACGUCGAGCGAACUCCUCGACGACUUUUUGCCUCAGCAACAAUUUGGAAUUUAACGUACAAAUAAUCGCGCUGCCAACCAUCGAAAUCGAUACAAAUCUUCCGCGAUUUUUCAGAGGUGCCAAUAGAAGAUAAGUUUACUGAAGGCGAUGUUUCAUUUGCCGCGCAAGCUUCGUCGGACGCUCUGAUUGGCUGCUGUCGCUGGAGACUCUCGAACCCUAAAUUGUCCCUAUGCGAGAGCCAAUCAGAAGCGUUCUAUAAUUCUACUUCCUUGUAUACAUAUAUCUCGCGCACGUGCCUUUUCUCUAACCUCGAAAGCACCCGUCAGAGCUCGAGGAGGUACAUAUAUAUGUAUAUGUAGCGAAAUUACAAUAAAAAUCAUCGACAAAGAUACUUUGCAGAAAUAAUUGCACUUCUAUAAUGGCAAUGCAAGUUCCAACUGAUGUGGAUGAUAAUCAAAUACAAUCUUUCCGUGACUUUCUGACUUCAUAUAAUAAACUCUCAGAAAUUUGCUUCGUCGAUUGUAUAACCGACUUUACGACACGAGAAAUUAGAGCCAAAGAGGAAAAGUGUGCUCUUAAUUGUAUGGAAAAGUACCUGAAAAUGAAUCAGAGAGUGUCUCAACGUUUCCAAGAAUUUCAAAUGACUGCUAAUGAAAAUGCUAUGGCGGCUGUUAAAAACAAAGUCAGACUAAUUAAGUUUAGUAAUGAAAUUGUAAAUAAAUAAACUUUAUAAUGAUCUAUUAUAAUCUUACAAUAUCUUAUUGUGAAAUAAGAUUGCAAGAAAUUUGUCAGUUGCUCUGGAUAUUGUUAAUUCAACUGAAUAUAUUUCUAUACAUUAUUAACUUAUCCAAUACCAUAUAGAUACUUAUUUAAAAUAUCUUUUAUCUUGAAAGAUGAUAAAUGUAUAUUCUGUAAUGUUUUGUAGUUGAGGAAACGUUGAAUAUUGUGUAUAUUAUAAGUAUAGAAGGAUAAAAAACAUAGUGUACAUGUCAAAUAGUGCACAUGUUAAAUAAACUUGUUUGUCAUUCUAAUAUGAAAGCAAUA